GUCGUUCAAGCUUGUGCGCUUGGUCCAGUCAGUCUUUUUAAAGGCAGGGAGAAGAGAGAAGUGUGCGCACUUUUUUAAAAAUUUCUACUUUUUAAGGAAACUUAAUUAGUGACGUUCGAUUUGGCACAAUUGAAAAUAUACAAGUGUUUUUGCGUCCUCAAUCUAGUGCGUAAUUGUUAAAAGUUCUUCAGGAAAAGUUCCUUUCAUUGGAAGAAAAAGUGUCUACCGUCUAAUAUGAGAGCGACCAGAAUGGUUUCAUCUGUUCUUCUGCUGGUGCUGAUGCAGUCCGGCGCUCUGUGCGCACGGCGGUUCCGGGGUGGCCGCAACCCACAACCAAGGCGCGCACCCCCUUCUCCCACUCAUCGAGCGGACCGGGGCGACACCACGGAAAGCUUCCCGUUGGAUUUCACGGCAGUGGAGGAAAACAUGGAUAACUUCAUGACACAAGUGAAAAACCUCGCGCAGUCGCUCUAUCCGUGCUCCGCGCAAAAGCUUGACAACGACAUGAAGCUGAACUUUUUGAAGAACACAUCUGUCACCUGCAACGACGGUAGUCCUGCGGGAUACUACCUGAAAGAGUCUCGGGGAAGCAGACGGUGGCUUAUAUUCCUUGAAGGCGGCUGGUACUGUUUCAACAAGGAAAACUGCGACACUCGAUACGAGACCAUGAGGAGGUUUAUGAGCUCAUCCAAGUGGCCACACACAAAAACAGGCACAGGGAUCCUGUCGCCACUGCCUGAGGAAAACCCUCAUUGGUGGAAUGCAAACAUGGUAUUCAUUCCAUACUGCUCCAGUGACGUGUGGAGCGGCGCUACAGCAAAAACAGAGCAAAAUUUUUAUGCCUUCAUGGGCUCACUGAUCAUUCAGGAGGUUGUGAAAGAUCUUCUGAACAAAGGUCUGGAUAACGCCAAAGUCCUCCUAUUAGCAGGAAGCAGUGCUGGCGGCACAGGGGUUCUGCUGAAUGUGGAUGGCGUCGCUGAGCUGCUGGAGGGUUUGGGCCACACGGGGAUCCAAGUGCGAGGCCUCUCUGAUUCUGGCUGGUUCCUGGACAACAAGCAGUACCAGUGCACAGACUGUGGAGACACUGCCUCCUGCGCCCCCACCGAGACCAUCAAAAGAGGCUUUAAAUACUGGGGAGCAGUGGUGCCAGAGAGGUGCAGACAAACCCACGAAGGAGAAGAAUGGAACUGCUUCUUUGGAUAUAGAGUCUUCCCUUCAAUUAAAAGCCCAGUGUUUGUGGUUCAGUGGCUCUUUGAUGAGGCCCAGUUGACUGUCGACAAUAUCCAGCUGACAGGGCAACCUGUGCAGGAGGGCCAGUGGCGCUACAUCCAGAAUCUAGGCACUGAGCUGAGAAACACACUGAAGGAUGUCCCGGCCAUGUUUGCUCCAGCAUGCCUGUCCCAUGAAGUUAUCACCAGAAACUACUGGAUCGAUGUGCAGGUUAAAGGCACUUCAUUACCCAGAGCCCUUCACUGCUGGGACCGCAGCCUCCAGGACAACAGGAACAACAAGGCUCCACCCAAAGCCUGCCCAGUACAUCUGAUCGACAGCUGCCCAUGGCCUCACUGCAACCCCACCUGCCCCACAAUCCGAGACCAGUUCACAGGGCAAGAGAUGAACGUUUUUCAGUUCCUCAUGCACAUGGGCUUUGAUGUGCAAAAGAUGGCCCAGCAGCAGGGCAUGGACCCCAGUAAACUACUGGGCAUGCUCAGUAGCGGCAGCUAAAUUGUGUCUCUCACACAAGCACAUAAGCUAAAGCCAAGCAGAGCUGGCCGGUGUUACCGGUUGGUCUCCCAUGACUUUUACCUCCAAACGUUUUUCACAAACUUAAUGCUUUUCAUCCUUUUCAAUUCAUUUAACUCCAGGCAAAACCUCACAGGAUCCUAACACUUUGAUUCUCCCAACUACAUUUAAAUUGACAUCCUGACAAAGCACAAGUAACUGCUACUCUUAAUUUUUACAAUUUUUCUUUUACAAAAAAAUAAGUCCAUCUGUUAGGUUGAUGACUGACCAUCAUCCUUCCUUUUACAUUAAAAUGUAGUUGAGAAAAAGGUAAAAACAAGGAGUGAAGUAAGAAUCAUGUUUCUGUAUGUAGUAAAUACAGAAACCUUUGACAGAACUAUUUGGUCUAAGUACUUAAUAAAAGAUAAUUAAAUAGAUUUUUAUCCUGUGCCAAAAAAAGAUUGUUAAAAGAAAAAUUUUAAAUCGGGAGGAUAACUGAAAACAAAAAGCAAGAAAAAAUCUUGUUUGAAGAUAAAACAUUUAAAGUAAAGAAGUCAAAUUCCUAACAUUUUUUUUUACCUUAAUCUACCCAGAGUUUUGCUUACUCAAUUGAAACCCUUUUUUUGUCUGAUUUAAAUAUAGAAUUACAUUAAUUUUUGUCGUAUUUUCUUAUGGAGCUGAAGUGUAUCUACAAACAUUUUGCAUAUAGAUACACUAAAGGCCAUAAAAGCCCCUUUUAGCUUCUUAUUAAAGGACUGCUCACACCUUUCCACAGGAAAAGCAUUCAUUUUAGGUCACCUCAGUCAUUCAGCUGUCUUCAAACUCAAUGCAACGAACAUUUAAAGGGAGACAAAAAAUGUGUAUUGUAUAUUUUUGAGUAUUUGUAUAGGUUCUUCUAAGUGCUCGCUCUUCUAACUCCCUCAUAUUUCAUGAUAGAGAUGUUUUUAAUAUAAUGACGAUGCUGUAUGUAAUGUCUUUAUAUAUGGUGUUUUAAAGGACUUCUAUUUCGCUUCACACACAAAAUGGAGAAGUAUUACUAAUUGUAAUUUUAUUCUGUAACAUAUUUUUUAACAGAAAGAUAAAACUCAACCUACAUUGGUAAUUUACAUAUUUAUUUUGUUAUGUAAAUCAUAUUUAUAAGUGCUAUUUUCACAGAGAAGUGAUUCUUUGUAAAUUGUAAAUACAGUGGUGUUGUUUUCUUUGUGUUGAUUGCAUGUCUUUGUAUCAGAUAAAAAAAAGACAUUACAUACACUACAAAGUAAAACUUUUGCAGCUUUAUUUUGUACCAAAAUUGUUUUUCUUGACAAAAUUAUGAUUUUAAUGGCACUUGAAAUACAAAAACUACUACAAAAUGGC